UUUUUUCUUUAUUUCGCUGCACGGCCUACCCCCCUCGCUCUCCUCCAUUGAACCGCGUACUAAGAAUCCUCCAUUUCCAUUGAAGCAGCUUCCGAGCUUCUUCUCCACCAUUGAAGCAGCUUCUGAGCUCCCCUAGGGUUUGUCGUUAAUUUAGUUGUCAGUGUAUUCAAUUUAGGGUUCUUCUAAGCUGGAUUAGUGAUGCAAUCAAACAAGUACGGUUUGCAAAUUAGGGUUCCAAAAUCCCAGCAAAAACAGCAGCAAGCGAGACCAUUACCCCCCAAACCCCUCGCUUUUAACGACGACGAUGAUGAUGAUGUUGAAAAAGAAAUUUCCCGUCAAGCUUUUAAGAACAAGUCCCUAAAAGAUGUUGAGGACCAGUAUAAGAAAGCAUUAGAGGAAGAUCCUUCAGUGUUUGAUUAUGAUGGUGUUUAUGAUGAUAUGAAAGCGAAAAUUGUUAAGCCAAAAGCCGAGGAUAGACAACAGCGUCAGCCAAAAUACAUUCAAGCGCUGAUGGAAAAGGCCAAAAAAAGAGAAAAAGAACAUGAGGUUGUUUAUGAAAGGAAGCUUGCAAAAGAAAGAAGCAAAGAUGACCACCUUUAUGCUGAUAAAGACAAGUUUGUUACUGGAGCUUACAAAAGGAAGCUUGCUGAGCAGGCAAAAUGGAUGGAGGAAGAACGCUUGCGUGAGCUGCGCGAAGAGAAAGAUAAUGUGACCAAGAAGAGUGACCUCACAGAUUUUUACUUUAAUUUAGCCAAAAAUGUUGCAUUUGGAGCGGAAGAAAAGUCCAAAAAGUCAGGGAGAGGGGACAAGGAGUCAGCAGCUGCCACGGAAGAGCUCAAAAGACCAGAGAAGGAAGCGGACAUAAACGAAAGAGCUGUGGGAAAUCCAUCCACCAGCUCAGCAGUGGUCUCCCCGUCGAGAUUGGAUGAUAGACUUCAAGGAGAAGCAGCUGUUGCUCCUGAGGUUAGACCAGAGCCAGCUGCAAACCUGGCACCUUCUCCUCCUACAUCUACAGAAGUAAUUCCACCACCUCCCACUGAUAAGCCUAAGCAGGACCAUCAUAAGAAAAGUCAGGAAGCUCUCGCAGCUGCCAAAGAACGUUUCCUGGCAAGGAAAAAAGCAAAGAUGGAGUUAUAAAUUACCCUCUACCCGAAUUACCCUCUACCCUGUCCUCCCUAAUUUCCCAAGAUCAGUAAGCCAGAGUCAUAUGUGAUGUUUCUGGCUUAACAUUCAGAAAAUCUAAUCAUAUGAAGGGCUAUGUAUUGUUGAUCAAUUUGAUUACUCUCUCUUUGUAAGAAAAAUGAACAUUAGGAAGCCCUCGUCACGAGAGGUAUUUCUAAUGUUUCAGAAGAAAGCAAGUGAUCAAACUAGAGUUAUUACAAGGAUUGUUUUAAUUUUUCUAAAUGCAUUCCGUAUAUAAUUAAAAGUAUUUUUCAUGUAUGUGAGAAUCCCUUCCUCAACCAAUUAACCCAAAUGAUCAACAUCUUCUGUUUGGAACAAA